AUGCCAUCGAGCUCUGGCGUAUCCACGCCGCGCGUGUAUGGUCCUGUGCGGCCAUCGCGCCCUCUCUCUCUCGCUGCCGUGUCCCGCCCAGUGUCUCGUCAUGGGUCCAUCGUAGGACACUCCCGCCACGCCUCGGACGUUGGACAGCCCUCCCAUCCCAACCCCUCCAACCCCAACCCCAGCACCUCCCAUCCCACCUCCUCCCAUCCUAACCCCUCCUCCACAGCCCUCAUACACCGCGCGCAACACGAAGCCGCAACAGUUUUCCCCGCCUCGAUAGCAAACCUCAUCAGCGCCCUAGCCACCUCCGCUCGGCUGAGUUUACGCGUCUCGGCCUUCUUCAUCGAAGUCAUCCUCGAAGGAUCGCAAUACAGCACUCGCGUUGGCCUAGGCUACACGCGACGCGUGUUGAUUUCCGCCAUCUCGAGCGCACGUCGCGUCUACCUCGCCUCGAAUGCCGCUCUCGAUGGCGACCUUCUUGCUGCGGUUGGUCUCGCUGACCACACCGGCAAGGGGCCGAGCACGGACGCGUUCCUUAACGUUCUCGACCGAUGGACCAACCUCGGCAUCUACGUUAUUCACCACACGUUCACGCUGGCUGAACUGUUCACCAUGAGUGGAUUCUACCUCACCGCCAACACUGUGCAGGGCGCCAGCUUUGCCGCGCACGAGAGUGUCACGCUGUUCGACAGCUUGUUCGGCUCGAACGAGAGUUCGCGCGCCCUCAGCAGUAUUAUCACGCUGGUCCGCCGCGAACUCCUAGAGGAUGACCGCUUCAAGGCUGCCGAACACGGCAAAGUCGCCACGCUAACGGCUCUCACCAAGGCCCUAACCGCCUUCGCGUGUCUUCAGAAUGCGACUUGGCACAGCACCGCCAAGAGAUUCAAGAUGAAGGUCCUCUACGACUGCACCGUGUUGACGUCUUCGGACGAGUCGUUCUCUGGCGCGAAGCCGGAGCCCUUACCCCAGAUCGACGGGCUGGAUACCUUGUCGCGCCGUACCACACGCCAGCAGGUGCCGCCAGCCAUUGAAGAAGCACUUGACGCAGACGGAGACGUCAACAUGGAGCACGUGUCUCAGGUUGCUGCACCAGCCCCUGCCAUGUCACGAGUGUCACGCACGCGGACAUCCAGAACCCUCGGCCCGACCCCAGACACCAGCAAGGGCGCCGAUAUCGAGCUACUCCUCCAGCUCGAGGGACUAGCCAGUGCCGACGAGGGGGACGACGACGAACCCUUUGGUCUCGUCAAGCCGAAGCCGCCGCUCCAGUCGCCCGAUAAGCCGCGGCGCCGCCAGCUCAAGCGCGUGCACACGGACACGUACGAGAUCACUGACGAGUUCUCAGAGUCGAUGGUCGUCACCCAGACCCUUGAGCGUCUCGGACCAAGUCCGAUUGAGCUUGAUCGCCCCCUCCCGCGCAGCAGCACGGCCAGCAUCCCCGACGUCCUUGUCGAGGCAUUGGACGAGGACGUCGAAAUGUCGGAUCAGUCGGACGAGUUCCGUCCACCCGCAACGCCGAUGCAGACGCCCGUCGUUGAGGAGGACGAGACCGAUUGGAUAGAGGUCGACCACUUGCUAGACGAGCCGAGCACGACCUCGGCGUCAUCUGCCAUGGUCCCAUCCGUGCCUUCGGACCAGAGCAUCCUCUCAGACGAGCCGUCGUCCAACGGCAGUUCGGAUAAGAUUCAGCUCGUGCUGCGCACCAUGACCAACAAGCUGUUGCAGCACCGGCGGAUUGUGCGGCGAGUGAAGAGAAUGUCGCCGUCUCAGACGCCGUCGCCUCCUCCCGGCAUACGCAAGUCUGAGAGAAGCGGUUCUCCCUUCGCCUCGGCUGCGGCUGAACCUGCCGUCGCACCUGCCGGGGCGACGCGGGACCUUGGUAGAGCCGACGUGCGCAGCAUAGACUGGGGGAGCGCACCUCAGGCAGGACCAAGUACACGCCGGUCCAGCACGCCUUGUCGCUCGCCCCAGAAGCGUCGCGCCGAAGCCACACCACCGCCUCCGCCAUCCAGUCCCGAGAAGAAGUCGGGUUCGCCCAAGGGCAAGGGCAAGGCCAAGGCCAAGGCCAAGAUGGGGCGACGAUCGAUCGCCGCUCUUCGCGACGCCACCAGCCUCCGCGCCGCGCUGCGCCCCAAGAGCCCCCAACCGUUCCCCGAUCGCGAGGAGGAGGAAGGAUCCGAGCCCAUCAACGUCUCAGUUCGGCAGACGCUCCGUCCCGCGCCGAUCGUCGAGUCACAGCCCCCAUCGCCGACGACCGUGCGUGGCCCCAUGGUGCCGCCGCCCACACCCUUCGGGGCGCCGCGAGUGCGCGGCUCGAUGCACGGCUCGACACGGACGCGUUCGAGUCGCAUUCAGGCAUCGAGUUCGCAGAUCUUCACUGCCGGCCAGCGCGACACGGCCGCAAACCUCUUCCCUCACGAACCGCUCAUCAAGAACAUCCACAGGUUUAUGCGGUACUCCUCGGCCGCGUACGGGCAGAACUUCCUGCGCAUCUUCGGGCUCGGCAACGCCGACUUCAACUUCCCCACGACGGGCCGCCACCACGCCAACAGCUGGGCGUUUGCGCAGCACACAAAUAUCCAGAUUGACGCGCUACUACUCUCUUCGUUUACCGAAUCGGAAGCGUACUCGCCGGCGUUUGCGCAAGAGAAGGCACCGCCGCUCGUGCACUAUGUCGCCGUCGAGCACGCACUGCAGGCGAUCGUACUCACGUGUCGCGGCACGCUCGGACUAUCGGACGUCCUCGUCGACCUCACGUGCGACUACCGCGAGAUUCCUGUGGAAGGUGGCGACCCCGACGGCGCGUACUUUGCCCAUGCGGGCAUGUACGAGUCGGCGGUGAAGCUGUCUGCCAAGCAGAGCCGCGUGCACCAGACGCUGCUCGCGGCCCUCGAGCAGUACCCCAGCUACGGUCUCGUGCUUUGCGGGCACUCUCUCGGCGGCGGCGUCGCCGCGCUCCUCGCCAUCAAUUCAGCCAUGCCGGCCGAGAAGUUUAUGGCGCAGAAUGCUACGCGCGAGAGACCGGUGCGCCACCCGCGCAUCACAACGAAGUUUGUGACGAGCUUCUCCUCUGGUCUUCCCCCCGGCCGCCCGAUCCACUGCUACGCGUACGGCAUCCCAGCCGUCGUAUCGUCCGACUUAGCUCGGCAUUCCUCUGGCCUAAUCACGAGCAUCAUCCAGAACGCCGACGUUGUCCCAACACUCAGCCUCGGCGUCCUGCGCGACCUGCGCAACAUUGCUGUGACGCUAUUCGAGGAGGGUGGCGUUGCUGAAGAAAUUGUCGCCCGCGUCACGGGCCUGAAGCGCGAUUCAUCCGAUAACGCCCAAGCCGACUGGAUGAUGAGUCUCAUCAAAACUAUGCGCGCAGAUAUGGACAACGACAAACUCUUCCCCCCCGGCAGCGUGUACAUCAUGGAGUACUUUGACGUGUUUGUCACUGUCGACACGGACGGCAGCCACAGCAGCAAGCAGCAGGCGCAGAGAGUUAUUCUGCGGCAGUGCGAUAGCGUCGAGGAACGAUUCCGCGAGCCGCUGUUCUCCAAGACUAUGCUCAAUGACCAUCUACCGAGUCAUUAUGAGCGGAGCACACAGCUCCUGUACGAGGGACUUGGGCAGGGGCUGCUCUGA